CCCUGGGUGCCAUCUUGCAGCGCAGCGGAGCAGCCGCUACUUAACCCAAACCAGGGCAGGAGCUGUGGGUCCCUUGCUCAGUCCGCGUUCCUCUUUCCAUUCCCAGCGCUGCGCAGAAGUCCAGCCAAAUCUGCCCAGCAGAAUCUGCCCACCCCAAACUCCAGGCCAAUGAACUGACCCAUCGCACGCACCGACUUUCGGCAGCAGUUCCUCCCGGUGCCCACCCCGCAGAACGGAGCGCCCAGUCACCCAGCCUCCCAGUCCUCGCCGCAAUGCCGAACGUGCAGCUGCCGCCGAAGGAGAGCAACCUCUUCAAACGCAUCUUGAAAUGUUAUGAACAGAAGCAAUACAAAAAUGGCCUCAAGUUUUGCAAGAUGAUUCUUUCAAAUCCAAAAUUUGCUGAACAUGGAGAGACUUUGGCUAUGAAAGGCUUAACAUUGAACUGUUUAGGAAAAAAAGAAGAAGCAUAUGAAUUUGUUCGUAAAGGACUUCGUAACGAUGUCAAGAGUCAUGUCUGUUGGCAUGUGUAUGGACUCUUGCAGCGUUCUGAUAAGAAAUAUGAUGAAGCUAUUAAGUGUUACCGAAAUGCUCUCAAAUUAGAUAAAGAUAAUCUGCAAAUUUUGAGGGAUCUCUCUCUGUUGCAGAUCCAAAUGAGAGACCUUGAAGGUUACCGAGAAACAAGGUAUCAGCUUCUUCAGUUGCGCCCAACACAGCGUGCUUCCUGGAUUGGAUAUGCUGUUGCGUACCAUUUGUUGAAGGAUUAUGAUAUGGCACUAAAACUACUGGAAGAAUUCAGGCAAACUCAGCAAGUUCCUCUUAACAAAAUAGACUAUGAGUACAGUGAAUUGAUAUUAUACCAGAAUCAAGUGAUGCGAGAAGCAGAUCUGUUUCAGGAAUCUUUGGAACAUAUAGAAACAUAUGAGAAACAUAUAUGUGAUAAACUUUUGGUGGAAGAAAUUAAAGGGGAAAUGCUGUUGAAAUUGGGAAGAUUAAAAGAAGCCAGUGAAGUAUUCAAAAACUUGAUUGAUCGGAAUGCAGAAAAUUGGUGUUAUUAUGAAGGCUUGGAAAAAGCUCUACAGCUUAGUUCCUUAGGACCUUUUCUCCCCCAUGGCACUUUAGAAGAGAGGCUUCAGAUUUAUGAAGAAAUUAGUAAGCAGCACCCCAGAGCAAUUUCACCUAGAAGAUUACCUUUGAAUCUUGUCCCAGGUGAAAAAUUUAGAGAACUAAUGGAUAAGUUCCUGAGGGCCAACUUCAGUAAAGGCUGCCCACCCUUGUUUACUACUUUGAAAUCUUUAUAUUACAAUACAGAAAAGAUUUCUAUAAUCCAGGAACUUGUUACUAAUUAUGAAGCCUCUCUCAAAACAUGUGACUUUUUUAGCCUUUAUGAGAGUGGGGAAAAGGAACCCCCAACAACACUGCUCUGGGUUCAGUAUUUCCUGGCACAGCACUUUGAUAAACUUGGGCAAUAUUCUUUGGCUUUGGAUUAUAUUAAUGCUGCUAUUGCUAGUACUCCAACUCUAAUAGAAUUAUUCUAUAUGAAAGCAAAAAUUUACAAGCAUAUAGGUAAUCUCAAAGAAGCUGCAAAGUGGAUGGAUGAAGCACAGUCUUUAGACACGGCUGAUAGGUUCAUCAAUUCCAAAUGUGCAAAGUACAUGCUUCGAGCAAAUAUGAUAAAAGAAGCAGAGGAAAUGUGCUCCAAGUUCACAAGGGAAGGAACAUCUGCCAUGGAAAAUCUGAAUGAAAUGCAGUGCAUGUGGUUUCAAACAGAGUGCAUUUCUGCUUAUCAGCGUUUGGGGAGAUACGGGGAUGCCUUAAAAAAGUGCCAUGAAGUAGAAAGACAUUUUUUGGAGAUAACUGAUGAUCAAUUUGACUUCCAUACAUACUGCAUGAGAAAGAUGACCCUUCGUGCCUAUGUCGACCUUCUAAGAUUAGAAGAUAUGCUCAGAAGACAUGCCUUCUAUUUCAAGGCUGCUAGAUCAGCGAUUGAAAUAUACUUGAAAUUGUAUGAUAACCCCUUAACCAGUGAAGGCAAACAACAAGAAAUAAAUUCAGAAAACCUGUCAGCCAAAGAAUUGAAGAAAAUGCUUAGCAAGCAGAGAAGAGCUCAGAAAAAGGCAAAAUUAGAAGAAGAGAGAAAGCACACAGAAAGGGAACGUCAACAAAAAAAUCAAAAGAAAAAAAGAGAUGAUGAUGAAGAAGAAGCCGGUGGUCUCAAAGAAGAACUUAUACCUGAACAAUUAGAAAGGAUAGAAAAUCCACUGGAAGAAGCUAUCAAGUUCCUUAUACCUCUUAAGAACCUUGUUGCUGAUAACAUUGACACUCAUCUAUUAGCAUUUGAAAUAUAUUUUAGAAAAGGAAAGUUUCUGUUAAUGCUGCAAUCUGUCAAACGAGCUUUUGCUAUCAACAGUGAUAACCCAUGGUUGCAUGAAUGUUUAAUUAAAUUUUCUAAAUCUGUGUCUAAUCAUAGUAAUCUUCCAUACAUUGUGAGUAAAGUUCUGUCUCAAGAAAUGCAGAAAAUAUUUUUGAAUAAGGAUUUGGAAAGUUUUAAUGAGGAUUUUCUCAAACGUAAUGCUGCCUCUCUUCAGCAUCUACUUUCAGGUGCUAAAAUGAUGUAUUUUCUGGACAAGUCAAGGCAAGAGAAAGCAAUUGCCAUUGCCACUAGACUAGAUGAAACUAUAAAAGAUAAAAAUGUAAAGACUUUAGUAAAGGUUUCUGAGGCACUGCUUGAUGGCAGCUUUGGGAGCUGUAAUUCCCAAUAUGAAGAAUACAGGAUGGCCUGUCAUAACCUGCUUCCUUUCACAUCUGCUUUCCUGCCUGCUGUGAAUGAAGUCAGCAGUCACCGUGUGGCCCUAAACAACACGGCUAACUAUGAUGUCUUGGCAAACGAAAUUUGAAAUCCCAUAGGAAAUUGACUUUUGUAGAUUCAAAGCUGACUUCAGGUCAGAGUUUCUUCUCCAGAAUGUAUAUAGAUAUGAAAUGAAACAAUUGGUUAGAAUUUUUCAACAGAGUAUUCUGUAAGCUUAUUUUAUUCUUUAUCUGACUCUGCCAGUAUACAUAAACAUCAGUUAAACUUACCUGUUUAUACUUGUACAGGUUUCUUAAACUUUAGAAUUAUCAGCAUUGUGAUGGGUGCUGUUACUUCUAUAUCAUAAAUGGGACAAUUUCUUAUUUUGGUAAAUUAUAUAAAGACUCCAGGGUUGGUUUUUUUAAAUAUAUUUUUUAUUGCUCUGGUUUUAGAAUCCAUGUUUCAAUCCCUUAUUGGUUUGUUUUAUUAUUGUUCAUUUACUUUCUUUUUAAUUAAAGUACAUCAGUUUUAAUGUGUUAAAUAUAUGUAAAAAAACCAAUAUGGAACUCCUUUGGCAGAUAUUGAGGUUUAUUUUAAAAUUUAGUUUGCUGUUUUUGUCCACCUUAAUUUUUUCUGAUUUCUCAUUUUCUUUUUAAUAUCCAUGAAAAUGAUAAUUCCUGUUGAUUUUAGAAUGUGGGUAUUGGUUUGCCUUUUAAUCACUGAAAUUCACUGGUAAAUUUGUGUCUCCAGAUUAGCCUUUUUUUCCCCUAGAUUAGUUUUAAAGACCCAUAGGUGCAAGAAUUAUGCUUUCUCAGCUAAAUUGACUUGCGUGUUAUUAAAUAGUUUAUAUUUGAGUGGUAUAUCAAGGGAGUGUAACUAGGCAGAAUACAAAUUAUAAUGAAGCAUUCUUAUUCUUAAAAGUCAUACAUUGACUAUUAAAUAUGUUUUUAUAUCAAUAGAAUGAGAAUUUAAACUCAGUUUAAUUAUUAAAACAUAGUAUUGUUGGGCAAUUUUCGGGGGAGGGAUAGUGUUUUCUGUCUUGUAUAGAAAACAGUAAUGACAUCAUUUGAUAUGCUUCUUUCAGAAUUGUAAAUAUGUAUAAUAAGGCUUAAAGGCAAAUAUAAAUUCAAAAAGGGAGAUUUUAUUUAGAAAAACAGUUCUAGUUGAAAUGAUUUUCUUUCACUCUAAGGUAUUUUAGAUUCAUAAUUGUUGAGAAAAACACUCACUGUAAAACAAUGUCAACCUAGAUAAUGCUAUAAUAAAUUAUUU